AUGAUCUACUCGUUCUGGAUGUAUGACCGCCAUUGCGAAUGCAUCUAUUCGCGGGAUUGGCAUCGCUCGGCGGCGCACGAAGACAAAGAGGAUCUGCAGAAACUGAUAUAUGGCAGUGUUUUCUCGUUACGGAACAUCACACGAAAGCUAAGCGACGAUGACGCGUUUCUUUCUUUUCAAACAUCAAAAUACAAACUGCAUUUCUUCGAGUCACCGUCCAACCUCAAGUUGGUUCUUAUCACUGAUCCCAUGAUGAGCGACGCCUGCAACGCUUUGCGUCAGAUCUAUGCUGGCCUCUAUGUGGAGUAUGUGGUUAAAAACCCUCUGAGUCCUAUUGAGCACCCUAGGGGCACGGGAGUCGAUAACGACCUGUUCAAUAUGGGUCUUGACUCCUUUGUUCGAUCUUUACAAGGAUUUGCUUGA